UUGUCGUUGUUAUUAUUUUGGAUUAUUCAGCAAUUCAGAAAAAAUAAAAUACGAAUUUCGGUUCGUAAAAUAAUUGGUUCCAAAUCUACCAACUAAAAAUGAGGGGGCAAUUACUAAUAUUAACAUUUGGUCUUGCAAUUUUAUUUCACGGUGCUACGUCAUCACGAUCUGAGAACAAAAAUGGAACUCAAGCAGUUUUCAAUAAAGGUCGACGUUUAACUAAAAAUGAAAUCCUUGAAAUGGCUAAAACUAUGGGUGCAGUGAAUUAUGAAGAAUUUUCAGCAUCAUUAAGUAGUUCAGCAUCGGAUGAAGAUUAUUCAAAAAAUGGUCAUUUAAAUAACACAAGUAAUGAGUCAUCGAAUGUAUCCAUACGAAGACAACGAGCAGCUGGAGCAAUUGAUCGAUCGUUAUCGAAUGAACAAAACUACGAUGAUUCAAACGGUAGUGGAAGCAAUGAAUUUCGAUCUUAUCACGGUGUUAUGGGCAAACCUGGGCGAGAUUUUCCUGUUUUAACUCAUAUUCCAAAAACCAAAUUCUCUUGUCGGCGACUAAAAAGCGGUUAUUAUGCAGAUUUAGAUACAGAUUGUCAAGUCUUUCAUAUUUGUGACAAUGGUCGUAAAAUUUCAUUUUUAUGUCCAAAUGGUACAAUUUUCCGACAAAAUGAUCAAAUUUGUGAUUGGUGGUUUAAAGUUGAAUGUCAAAAUGGUGCAUCCUUAAUAUCAUCCGCUUCGAAUGAAGAAUCUAGUAUUGAACGUAGUUCGCGACGAUUAGCAAUUACAAAACGUCCUGUAGAAAGCCAACAGCGAGAUUUAUCCAACAUCAAUUUUAACGAUAGCGAUGAAUUAGUAUCGUUUGAAGCAUCCACAUAUCAGAAACCAGUUCCAUAUCAACAAAUACCCUCAGAACAAAAAUCAAGUUACCAAAAUACAAAUGAACAAAAAACUGAGUACGAAAACCGUCAAUCUAAUCAACAUUCAUCAAGCUUUCAAAUAUUUAAUCAACAAUUUGGUAGUUCCACAACAAAUCCAACUACUCAAUCAACUUUACGAUUCACUAAUAGUCAUCAUCAAAGUCGAACUUUAUUUUCAACAACCACUCCACUUCCGCAAAGUGAAAAUGUAAACACUCCAAAACCUUUUAUACCAAAAUAUCAACCAAUUUCAAACAUACGUAAUAGAACUCGUACAUCGAAAUUUGUUGGAGACAAUAACAGAAAAUCGAAUGAGGCUCAAGUACCUGCAGAAAGUGCAUCUUUUACAGCAAAUUCAAACAAACGAUACUACCAACAAGGUGUAAUAAAUCGUCAAUCUUCUAAUAGUAUAAUUGAACAAAAGUCCCAAACUUCUAGUAAUAGCAGUAAAGAUUUUACUAGGAAUAAUGCAUUUGCAUCCAAUACUUCAAAUAAUAAAACGCAAUCAACAUCGUCUAAUCAGUCAGUCAAUUAUUCAAAAUCCACUAGAAAAUAUACAAGACGUCCAUUUGGUCGAUAUUCUUCGAAGGUGCGACAAAAUGUAACUACCACAACAACACCCGCAAAUAAUGAAUUUAGAUUUAAUGAAAGUUUUGCUCUCUUCACUUCAACUAGUGCACCAUUAGCUCAAACAACUAUAAAUUCAAGCGUCGGUGGUCAUUUUGUUACAUUUACAUUCCCAACGCAAGCCCCAUCAAGAAAACAAACACCACAACGGCAUGUUUUCAGUGAACCAGUUGUCGAAAGUACUGAACCAACAACUCCAUAUGUUACACCAAAAAUCGAUGGCUUAUAUUCCAAAGUAACAAAAUCUUACGGGGAAGUACAAACUACUGAAAUUACACCAGAGUUAUUCCGUUUAAAUCUAAAUCCUGAAACAACUACGCCAUUUUUCGCAUUCCCUCCUUUGCCAGCAAACAUUUCUGAUCCAACAAUAUUCUCUCCAGAAAAUACUAUUGAUCUAUUUACUACGACAGAAAAGCCAAAAUAUUCUCCAUCUGUUACAAAAUACUCACCAACUGUUCCAACAAUAACACCCAAACCUUCGGGUCGUUCAUUAGGUACAACGCCAGCCAAUGUGAUUCAAAAUGACAUAGCAGCAGAAAAUGCAAUUCGUAUGUUACAUACUUUGGAUGAAGUUGUUGAUGAAGUUGAUUUAGACGAACCACAAGGUACUCCACCACGUCCAGGUUUAAAAAUUCCACCAUCAUCCAGUCCAGACACUUUGCAUUCAUUAGCUGUAUACUUUGCCUCCGCAUCAAAUCAAGAUCAACAAAAUGUAAAAUCCGAAAACACAGAAGAAACAACCGAAACUAGAGCUGACUUUGAUUCGUCCAGUCUUUUAACGAAAUCCACACUCGAACAGUACAAUCAAUUAUUUACCAGUUCAAAGGCAUCCUUAAAAACUGAGAGUGAGGAGAAUAAUGAUGAACAAAAUAUUCUGAAAGAAAUCGAUUUAGACUACCAACAAUCUCAGGGCUUGGUGCAAUCCGAUCAUCAAAACAACAUUGAAAAUGUUAAUGCAACGAAUAUUCGAAAAUUGGCACGUGUAUUUACACAUGCGCUAAGUGAAUAUCUGAAGGAUCCCGAAACAUUUAGAAAAGUAUUAACAGAAAUUCGACCCAAAGAACCAUCUGAAAACAAUGUUGACUCGUCAGUACCAACAACUACUAUUUUCACUGAUCAUCCAUCGAUAACAAAAGAAGAAGGGGAAGUUUUAGACUUUUCAGAUGUUGUAAAGACCACACCAAGAAGUAAUCGAUAUUAUCAACAAUCUACAGAAGCCCCGCCAACCACCACACUAGACUUAUUAAAUCCAUUGGCUGUACAAUUAAACAAGGAGUUCCAAAUUUAUGAUUCGCAAAAUUAUGGAUCACGUGAAAGUAAUGAAACAAGUAGUGAUUCCAUCGAAGAGGAUUAUUUCCCUGUAAAUUACGAUGCCAAAAAAGAGACUCCAUCUCCAUAUGGAAAAGGCUUACAACCUAAUAACAGCAAACCACUGAAUGCAAAUGAGUACCGUGAUUCAUCGACCACAGAAGAACCAUUUACUUCCACUGUAUCUCUAGAUGCAAGAAAUAAAUUUUUCAUUCCAGAUGAUUUAAAUAACUUAGCAAAUAUUCGCGUGAACGAUCAAUUGUAUUCGAAUGGAGCCAAACAAUUGAGCAAAACUGAAAAUAAUGAUGAAAAUUUACAAAUUGCCUUUAGCCAGUCAUUUGUAAAUAAUCGAAAUAAUUUAGAACGUUCGGCUAAAAACCAAAAUUUCCAAAUUAUUGUUACAACAACAGAUUUGCCCACAACUACAGAGCAGCCUUCAACUACAACGAUUUCGCAAGCGGAAACCACUACUUAUGCAUCAGAAUCCACUUCAUAUUACCCAUAUUACGAUCAAUAUGAUUCGACAACAACGCAGCAAACAACUACUCAAGAAAUCACAGAAAAAUUACCAGAGAAUCAUUGGUCAAACAACCCUGAAAUUAGUCGAUUUUUACAACAAACUGUUACUUUAGACCCAAAUGUAAUUAAUGAAUUGAUUACAACAUCCACAGGUAAUUCCAAUGAUGAAUCCACAACGGUGUCGCAAACUACGAGUGAACCAACGUCUACAACUGUUGAAUCCACCACAGUUUCUGGCGAAAUUAUACAAACAACAACGGAAGCAAAAUUAAACAGCGGAGAAGAAAUUGUGUCGCUAGCAGAAUCAAAUGAUUUACGUAAAGGCAAGUCAUACAGUAAAACUGAAGACGGUGUGCUAACCCAACAAUUUGUUCUGAAUUUACCCAGCGAACCAAUGGAAAAACAAAUGGAAAGUGCUAAAAUGAUGUUUGGUUCAUUGAAUACAACCAGUCAAAAUAUAAUUAUGGAAAAAAUGAAACACGCUGAUAGUAAUAAAUCAGUACGAAAAUUAAUAUUAUUACUUAUUUCAACAUGCGAUUUAAAUCAUAAUCGAACACUCGAACAUGCUCGACAAGCAAUUUUGAAUGCAUUAAUUAACGUGAAAUUAGAUGAUUCUGACGAGAAUAAUUACGAAGGCAGUGUUGCUGAAGAUCGAAUGGACAAUUUCGAAGAUUUAGACACUUUUGCAACCGGCGAAGGAGAAACAAAUUUCAAUUUUAACCCAAUUUCAUCUACAACAAGUACCACAACAACUCAACGGCCAAAGAAUCGUUUUGAAGUGACCACAUACAAAAAUGUUGAUUUUAUUUUACCAUCACGAAAUGCGAAAAAAAUCGAAGAAAAUUCGAGUCAUAAAAAUAAUGUUCCUACUGAAUCACCCCCAACGUAUCAUUCCUCAUAUACUACCACAGAUCGUAUUGAUCAUAAUUUAGAUUUAUUACCAGAAGUUGAAAGUAAUUCAGAUAAGCGUGCGUUAGAAUUAUUAAGAUCUUUGUACAGUUUAGCAUCACGGUGGGCUAGAAAAUAAUGUAACUCAAUUUUUCUUCUGAAAGAAAACAAGCGCCAUUUUUUUAAA